UUGGGCAUGGCAUCAGACGGAUUAGGGGGACCAGAGGACCACAGAGAUGAUGGGACCCACUUGACAGAGGCAGGGGUCCCCGUUGAUUCCAACAGUGGCAAAGUCACCCUAAAAGCCACAGAAGGGACAUGGAGGCUUGUAUAGGAGUCGCAAUUCUACCGUAUUGGAAACACGUGCAGAAGAAAACAGCAGAAACAGCACCCACUACCGGACUCUUUCUCAGUUUGGCUUCUAGGUUCACAUGUCUGAAUCGGCACAACGGGAUGAGGAUGGGGUCAACGUGUGCCAAUUUUUCCUGAUGGGAAAGUGUCAUUUUGGCCACAGAUGUCGCUUGACUCACAGUGACCCAUCAAUAGAUGAUUCAGGGUCUGCGCCUCCUGACCAAAAUGACGAACAGGAUCGAGAGAAGGUGGAAAAACAAAAGAGGAAAGUCAACAAAGCAACAAAGCCAAAAUACGAGGCGAAAGAGGUGAACAAAAAGCCUCGCAUGCGCACAGCUGAUGAAGUUAUCUCCCGGAUCCUGUGGGACCCGUCAGUGGAUUCAUCCGAAUUCUUAGUGGGGUAUGUGGAUCGCUUUCUUGGUGUGCUGGAACGUCCUUUCAAUGACUUCAACUGGGACACCGACCUCUGCGACUGUGAUUACUCUACUGAGAUGGCCCUGCCCAGACACAGGAUCCAGUACUUCACCUACAGAGGGCACCGGGUCUGGGACCGCCACAGCAGGACUGACAGGGUGUUUGGUUCCACUGGUCAAUCUCUGGCUCCCCCCUUUGGAGGAGAGGCGGAAGUAAAGGAAAUAAACACAGAAGCCCAAGAACAACAACAACAAGACCUCCUUAAUACAACAGAGGAGCAGCCACCUGCUGUCUGUGGGCAGGAAGAGAGUGAAACAGAGGACUGCAGUAAUACCAAGAACACACAUCUGGAGGAAGAGAAGCCGAGUGAGAGGAAUACUCAUACCCCUGACUCAGCACAAGCAGCUCCAAAGUGUAGAGGAAACACUUCUCAGGAGCAACAGGAAUCACGAGGAGCACGUGUUCUGGAGGAGGCUGUAAUUAGACUUGAGGUUUCAAUAGAUCAAAUGUCCUUAUCCCAAAAAGAAGGAGCUUGUGUAAACGAGGAGGGUGAGGAAAAGACCUCUGCAGAAUGGCAAGAAAGCUGGGAGGAUGAAGAUGCUACGAGCCAGAAUCCAUCAGCACCUCUGGAGCAGAGAGAGGAGGUGCAUGGUGGUGGUCGUCCCCCAAAGAAACAACCCACUCACUUCAUCACCUUCAGGGCCAACACUCCCGCUAUCCUCUCUUCUUUCCAGCAGCUGCAGGAGGAGAUCACUUCCCUUCUACCCUCCUCUGCUCCUUACUGGCAGACUGCGUCCAGCCUUCACGUCACCCUGUGCCUCCUGUCGCUGCCCGGCCCGGCUGAGGUAGCCGCUGCCGGAGAGAUCCUCCGACGGUUUGCCCAUUUGGAUCGAAACCCCCCCGUGGCUCUAACCUUCCCUGUGAGACUGAAACAUUUCAAUGGGAGGGUGCUGUUCCUGAGCCCCCAGCCUCAGCUUCAUCUCCAGCAGCUCAACAGCGGCCUGCAAGAGGCCUACAGGAAGGAGGGCUGGCUCCACAGGGAGUCCUACAACCCACGCUACCACCUCACACUGGCCAAGGUAGAUGGCAAAGAGGGAGACAGGAUUUUUGAAGAGGUGGGGCACAUGAAGGUGGGGAAGGGUUUAAAUUUUGGCCGUCUACCAGUGAACACCUUACACCUUUGUGCCAUGGGCGGUCCCAAAGUAGAUGGUUUUUAUGAGACUGUGUGCACAGUAACUCUUAGAUGAUAGAAGAGUGUCCCAUUUUACACACUCACAAAUGCACACACACACACACACACACACACACACACACACACACACACACACACACACACUAAAUAGAUGUAGGUUAGCACCUAAUGGGUAUGACUGGAUAUAAUACCUCUGACAUUUGCACUGGCCAUGUGGCCUUAUCUACUAAAUAAGUGUGUGUUUUAAGUUAAGUUAAUUCAGAUAAGAUACACUUGAAAUGAUAUCUUGGGUAAAAAAACAUUUUUAUAUCAAGUCCUAAAAGAAGUAAAAUGUAACGUGCUGUGGGACUGCAGGACAAUGGCAAACACACAAUUUUCAAUUAUUCUAAAUUUUUUUAAGAUGCGAGUGGAUUCCACUACACUUAAAUUACAAUAUGAUUCAAAUACAUGUAUUUACCUUAUUGAAUGCCUUUUAAUCCAUUAAGGGCCUACAUUAGAUGUCAUUAAUUCCCUAGUUGUAGCUUCUCCACUGUAAAGACAUGCUGAUGCUGCUGUACUAUGUCUUAUGUUAUAGUAAUAUUAACAUGCAAAUGUGUUUUUGACUGUUGGUUAAACUAAAGAGGCAAUUUGAAGCAAUUUUUCUUUUCUAAAAUGUUAUUGAUUAAAAUGAAUAAUUUCAAUUGAGAAAAUACUCAACAGAUUGAUUGAUAAUCACAGUAGUUGCAACUCUAGUCAAAAGGGAGCCCUCAGUGUAAAUCAACUGUCAGUGCACACAUCAUCUGCUGUAGAAGCAGAGAUUUUUCAUCUGUCAUUAAACUCUCUGGACCCCCUGAGUAGAAUACCUAAUGUGUUUAAAAUAUUAAGAAAUGUAUUAUCUGGUGGGAAACUUAUCCACCACCAUAUCUACUGUUUCACAACUACACAGACAGGACAUAUACACCUGCCAUAAAGGACAUUUGUACAUGGCAUAAAGUGUUUAUGAGGGGAAACUAUUAGGUUUUCUUUAUAGCCGUGAAUGAACCAAAGUGGUUGGAUUCUGCCACUCGUAAUUCCAAAAUGUAUACAAUCUGUUUUUAUGAAUGAAAACUGAAUGGACUGUGUUCCAUAAGACCGAUGGCUCUGUAUGCUUUUACAAUGAAUUUUAACCACUAGAUUACCAAGGUCAUUAAAUAUUGAGUUGGUUAUUUUAAA